AUGCAUCGUACUGGCAGCAGCACCGCCAUCUCUAUGCCAUCAUCUCCUUCCGUAAUGGUGUCUUCAACGACCAACGACGACGAUGGGGAUCUUUCAGUACCGACGUCCAUGUCCAAUGCAUCGUUAUCUUGGGAUCAGCUGAGACGACAAGCUCGCCAAGUCGAAAACGAAAUCGAGCUCAAGCUUGCAACACUCUCCAAACUAGGUGCAUCUGUUUCAUCGCCACCCUCGCAUACAACAAGUCCCGAUUCGAUCGCCAUGAAUAGUAUGGGAAAGCCGAGCCAAGAACUAGAAACCGAAGAGCUAUUAAGAAAGUUACAAUCCAUCAUUACAUCCAUGGGCCAAGUAUUGGAUCGACCCAGUGCAACUCCCACCAAUCCAUCCAUGAUACACAUGUUGGAACGACACAAGGAUAUCUUGCUUGAUUACAACAAGGAGUUUCGACGUGUCAAGUCAAAUAUCAAGGCAGCACAAGAUCGAGCCAAUUUAAUGAAUCAAGUACAAGAUGAAAUCAGGAUCUUCAAUACAGCAAAUGAAAGUGGAUCAGAUUAUUAUUUAUCCGAACGCAAUCGAAUUGAAGGCUCGCAUCGAAUGACCGAUAUGAUUUUGGAGCAAGCCUAUGCUACACGGCAAGACAUAUCUCAUCAAGGAAGAAUGCUUCGUAACAUUAACAGUCGGGUCGGCGGUGUCAUCGGUCGUAUACCUGGUAUCAAUAAUCUGAUUAGUCGUAUCAAUACACGGAGAAAGCGAGAUACUUUGAUUAUGGCUGGUGUUAUAUCGACUUGUAUUAUAUUGAUUAUGCUUUACUGGCUACACACAUAA